AUGGGGGAUUUCAGAUUGGGGAAGUGUGCAUCUAAUAAGCUGCAAAAAACGCUUGAAGACAGGAUUAGUCUACUUCCAGAGGAGAUUCUUACUCGCAUCGUAUCGUUUCUCACACUCAAAGAAGCUGGCAGAACAAGCGUGGUGUCAAAAGCCUUGAAGAACGCCUGGACUUAUGUUCCUGAGCUGGAUUUUAAUGGAUUGGCCGCAUUACGCGAGAUGGGCGACAACAAUUACAGGAAGGGACUCGAAAUUGAAAGGCCCAAGUUUGUUAAAUGGGUAAACAAGGUGCUAGAUUCCCAUCACAAGCCCUCGGAGUUGAAUUCCUUCCGUAUUUGUAUUGAUCUAAACUAUUCCUUUCAAGAUGAUUUGGAUAAGUGGGUUUAG